GUGACGUCACUAGCCCUUGUCGGUUUGCUACAGCACUGCAGCUAAGAUGAGGCUUUCUGGCUGACCGAAGAAAGGCGAGGGGUGGACUCAGAGCCCCGGGAAAUGCUCGCUUGCGGCCCCACAGCAGCGGUAAGACUGGAGUCCCGCUCCAGCAGAGCCCGGCGUCCGGGGGGAAGCAGCGUUCUUUCUCGAGCGGUGGCCUGGUGGUUGCACGCCUAGGCGGCCUCGGGCUUGGCUGCCUGGAACUAAGAGAGCAUCCUCACCUGGUAAGAGGGAGGAGGGGAACUUGGUGCGAGCCUCCUGCGGCGCCAAAGAGCCAGAGCCCACCGUUCUCCUUGCCGCAGCGGUUGUUAACGCCUGGGAGCAGCCAAGGUUCAUUUGUUUUCUUUCCGGAUGUUUGUCUUAAACAUGGACAAAUACACCGCCUUCCAGGGUCGUACUGUUUACCUUGCCAGCAGAACAUCUUUUUACUUCAAGACGUUUGAUACUCCCAAUCUCUGAAUUCUGGUGUUGAUGUUGAAUAUGCCUUAUUAGCAUAUUAAAAUGGCUGUACCCAAAGACGCCAUCCCUUCCUUGUUGGAAUGCCAGUGCCAGAUCUGUGUGGAAAUCCUAAUUGAGCCUGUGACACUCCCUUGUAACCACACGCUCUGUAAACCAUGCUUCCAAUCGACUGUCGAAAAGGCAAAUUUGUGCUGUCCCUUCUGUCGCCGCCGGGUCUCUUCGUGGACUCGGUACCAUACCCGAACAAAUUCUCUUGUCAAUACGGAACUGUGGGAGAUAAUUCAAAAACACUAUACAGAGGAAUGCAAGCUGAGAGCCUCUGGGCAAGAAUCAGAGGAAAUUGUUGAUGACUAUCAGCCAGUUCGCCUAUUAAGUAAACCUGGGGAAUUAAGAAGAGAAUAUGAAGAAGAGAUAAGCAAGGUGGAGGCAGAGCGACGAGCCAAUGAGGAAGAAGAAAACAAAGCCAGUGAAGAAUACAUACAGAGAUUACUGGCAGAGGAAGAAGAAGAGGAAAAGAGACAGGCAGAAAAAAGGCAAAGAGAGAUGGAAGAACAACUGAAAAGCGAUGAAGAGCUGGCAAGAAAGCUAAGCCUUAAUAUUAACAAUUUCUGUGAGGGAAGUAUCUUGGCUUCGCCCUCGAAUUCUGAAAAAUCUGAUCCAGUCACAACCAAGUCACAGAAGAAAAGUAAGAACAAACAAACGAACACUGGAGAUAUUCAGAAGUAUUUGUCACCUAAAUCUCAGCCUUGGUCAGCAUCACAGUCUGAAGUUGUACAAGAAGACAGGGAAGACUCCAUGUCUAAGGAAACUGACAGCAGUGAUGUGAAGAGCCCUACAUGGCAAGACACAGAAAUUGAGGAAGAUAUGCCAACACUUUCUCCUCAGAUAUGCCUUGAAGUUCAUGAACAAGGUGCACAAUCUUCAGUGGAGUCACCUAUGCCUCAGUUAUGUGCCAGUGGUAAAGAAUGGUGCCUUGAAGGAAAAGUCAAAACAAGACCAAGCAAUCAUGAAAAAGAGUUGUGUGUCAUAAAUCAUGAGGGACCUGAAGCCAGAGUUCCCUACUCUGGAGAAGCUGCAGUUAAGCCUUGUGGCAAAACAGAGAGUCGGUGCACUGUAUCAGAUAUGACACAGAUAAUUAGAAAUAACACAGUUGAGACAGAAAAUGAAGAGUCUCACCUACUGAUCAGUAAAGAUAUCUCCAAAAGAAAAAACCAGGAAUCUUUGUCUGAAGCAGUCAGGGAUCCAUGCUUUUCUGCAAAAAGAAGAAAAAUGUUCCCCAAAGCUUCCUCAGACCAAGAAGAAACAGAAAUCAACUUUACCCAAAAACUGAUAGAUUUGGAAUGUCUACUUUUUGAGAGACAUAAACAAGAAGAACAGGACAGGUUAUUAGCACUACAGCUUCAGAAAGAGGUGGAUCAAGAACAGAUGAGGCCAAACCGGCAAAAAGGAUCCCCAGAUGAAUAUCAGUUACGUGCUACAUCCUCACCUCCAGACAGAUUACUAAAGGAACAAAGGAAGAAUUCCAAAGAUAGAAACUUCAAAAGACAGACUAAUCUAGAGCAUCCAAAACCUAGGAGAGGCUCAAAAAAUGAAAAUUGGCAACCUUCUUUUAAGAUCCAGUUGAAGCGUUCAGUUAAUGGAAGAAAGAUAACAAAUUCUACUAGAGAUAAUUGUAAUGUAUCUAAAACUCCUCAUUCCCUACAGCCUAGUAAGUCACAGAAAAGUAUUUUUCAGAUGUUUCAGAGAUACACAAAGUAGUGCUUGGGUAAGGGGAGUGUUGUAUAAUCUAGUGAAGCUCUCUAUCAUAGAUUCUUUUUAAAUUUUUCAUUAAUUCUGCUCCGUGGGCAUACUCACUGUCCUUAAUUAAAGGACGGUGUGAUUACAGGGGAGGAAUAUACAAAUGUGUUUCUGCCAAACUCGGUUGUAAGCAAGAGUCCCACUCCUUUCCUUUUUUAAUCACUGGUGUACUAAAUUUAAGUUGACAGUCCUUAUGGAUAUAAAAAUGCCUUGGCCAACUCCCAAGAAAUCUUCAUUUCCAUGCAUUUCCCCCCAUAUGCAUGUUUUGUGGCCUUCACGCACCUUUUUGUACUGACUAGUAAUCAAAGCAACGUUAUAAUCUACCAAGUAGCUAAGGAAUCCAGGCAGGGUUUAGAAUCUAAGUUUUCUUGCAACUUUCCCAUAUAUUUGCAGAGCACUUGAAGUCCAUCUUUCAUAACACUAAAGUAAUCUAAUUUCCAUGUCCACUUCAAUUACUUUAAGUAUUACAGCAUUUUUUUUUUUUGACUUAAAAUGGGUUAGGAUCAACGUGAAAGCAGAAAAAUCAGAGUUUUCUGGAAAAUUAGGACUUAGUUGACAGAAAGGAAACUAGACUCUUGAUGCAAAAGUAGCUAAGCUUGGGAUGAGGCUGAGUGGGGUAGAUUGACAAUUUGGAGGCCUUGAAACUGAGUGGAUGAUCAGACAACUGGGUCCAGGCUGGAGUAGCAGGUGUAGUUUGGCAAAGUAUUCCUCCUCGUGCUUUCUUUGCUAGAUGGCACAGAAAACAUUUGGGUUUUAACAGCUUUUCAUACCAUACUAUCUAAUCUGCUAUUCCAAAAAAGUGGAGGGGGGGGGGAAUUUACUGUAGGAGAGUUAUGUCGCAGUAUCCUAUGUUGUAGAACCUGACUAAUCAUGUUUUUAUUUCCUUAUGUUAACCUUUGUAUUGAUACUGACUUUUAUUUGUGUUUAUGGACAAAAAUAGAAAGUAUGAUAUUUGGGUUUUGCUCUGUCUUGCCCCUGAAAGUUAAAUCAGAAGGCUGCGAUUUCAUUUUGUGAAAUUUAACUUGGAGACUAUUAAUCUUUUGUUUCAUUAAUAGGAACAACUUUGAGCAAACAACUGUUUUAACAGCAUUGCUGCUGAUAUCUAGUUAGCCAUCCUUUUAAGGUAAUAAUGCAGUGAACUGUCCUAGAGCUAAUAAUGCUAGCUUAAAUUUGUCAGUGUUUUUAUACAUAAUUAAGAUUUUUUUCCUCCAAAUUUUGUAACUGAAAUUCUGUAAUCUUUGCAUACUUGAUGGCGUCUACUUCAAUAUUGAUUGGGUAAUUAUGGGUAGAAUUCUGAUGCUGAUUUAAAUUUUAGUUUGCCUUUUCUCAAAAGUGAUUGUCCCCUGAGUAAUGAUUGUGCUGAAAUGUAGUUAGAAACUAACCAAAUUUGUCUAAAAUAUAUCUUUUCAUCAAACCAAUAUUUUUUAAGACCAAUUUUGCUUUACAUUUUAGUGACUCUGCAAAUUAAAAGUUAUAUAAUUAAA